AUGCCGUUUCCCAGCCUCCGACGGCGAACUGUCAACGAGGCAGACCAGCUACCGGAGGAUCACAAGUCCCCCUUGCCAUCACCAAGAGCACGUUCGGCCACCGUCCCGAGCCUGACUCCACGCAAGAGCUUGACGUCUCUGAUGGGCUCUGUCAGAAAGAGAGGCAUAUCAAGCCCCUCGCCAGUCAAGCUUCAGCACGAUGUCUUCGAGCAGGAAUUAUACUCGGUGUAUGAUGCCUCGAAUCCUGAGCAUGACCCCUUCAAAGCCGGCCAAAAUCCAUCUGCAUCGGACAAAUCCAAGCGUUACUAUCGGACACCUAGCCCUCAUCCUCUCAAGAUGUCGGCCACAUCCUCUUCGUCGAGAUUGCCCAAGCUGAGUCGCGGUACUCCGGGCAGCAGGUACUCAGAUUCCUCUCAGACCGGGCCGCCCCCAAAGACCUUCCUCGAAGCUCUAGCUGAUGCCAUUCGCGCUCCGACCUCGUUAUUUUACAAGGAGAAUACAAGCAACUCCAAGACUGAAGAUGCCAACAUCUCGACCAACAAAGCUCUGUCACCAGGCAGGAGUGUCAGUCCGAAGAAGUCGGUCAGAUUCAAGCCUGGAAAAUCAAUCAUCGAGAGCGAACCAAGAUCUUCUCCCAUCGACAUUCCUAGGCCAACACCCGCUCUGCCUCCUGUUCAGUUGGCAACCACACCACUCCUGCAGUGCUUCGGAAAUGACCACCCACAUUUAAUCCCAACUGGUAGGCCUCCUCAGCCGCAAGUCUUGGACUCAACGAUCAAUUUCCGUCAAGCGAUGGCUGCGGCCCAAUCGUCCAUCACUGAGAAUGAUCUCCAGGAUGUUUUGUCGGUCGGCAGCCCAUUAUCAGAACGUCCCUUGCCCUUGCCACGUGCGACUGGCCCAACGGAGAACCCUUUUAAAGAUCCAAAAGACGAGCACGACAUGGAAGUCAAGCGGCGCAUGCUUCGAGAGUACGAUAACCAGUUUUCCAGCAAGGGGAUAGAGUCUUGUCGACCUGCAGACAUUCUCAUCGAGAAACGCUUCGUCGCCAACGAUGAGAGAAUUCAAGAUUUACCCGAAAACAACUCCGCUGUAGCCGCAGUGGUAACUGGGGGCUUGAGUUUGGCAUUGAAAAUGGCCAACCAUGACGGGGGUCGAAGCAAAUCAAUCUCUUCCAGUGAGAUCGGUCAGGCUGAACUGUUCCCCGAAGCCGAAUGCACUGUCGAAGACGAUGUGUCAAAGCUCAAAUCGGAUGUAUCACCUUCUGAUCAAGGUGAUACGGACUCGGACUGCUCGCAUGGUCGAUCUGUUGUCUUGACAAGUUCAUCCUUGACGAAGUGCAAAAAUGAUGAGAAAUGGAACGAAACCCCAACUCACGAAGAUAUUCGUCUCCGUUUUACGCACCCGGAAUGUUAUGAGUCUAUGAAGUCUCGUGAUGCGGGCAGUAUCUCGGUCUCGAAUGCCAGUUCGCACGAAGACACCCGGGCCAAAGCAGCUAUUACCCCAUUACCAGAUGCCCAUGCGGACUGGAGCCCACUUCAACUUCCACCGUCUGCCACUGUUGACGAGGUAGGAGUAGAGUCAAGGAAGACAAAGAUAUGUCUCCAUUCAACUUCUGACGGGGACCCAUACUUCUAUGUCCCUGAAACUUUCCUUCAGAAUCCACCCUGGGUAGCGGAGCUCGCCCUUCGAUGCGACAGACCGUUUCCAACAGACAGACCGAGACAACUUUCUUACAUUUUCCCUCGUGCUCGGACCGAAAGAUGCGAGAGCUCCAUGUCACUUGCAGGAACUAUAACUGAAAGCGAGCCGGACAGCGGAGCUUCGCUAUUGCCUGAGUAUGCAGAGAUCGAAGAGAAAGGAUCUAACGAAAUCCUCAGCAGCUUGAAGGCCCAAACACGUUCUUGGCAAGCGGUACCUCGUGCGAGGGGUACGCCGUCUCCAGCAUCCAUUCCGUUGCCUUUGUCUGGCCGUCCAUCGGUGAGACAGUAUUACGAAAGUCAUACCGACGAGUACGAGUCCUGUCCUUUCGAAGACGACCGAGAGCCAUCCAAGUGUGAACCAUCCAACUUCGGCGCUGGACCUGCUGUGAAUGUUGAAGAAUAUGGGAUCGACUAUAACCGUGAGACUGACAAGCAUGACCCGGACCGGAGCAAUUGUUUUGGACUUGGAAGCACUUCACCAAACAUUCCUCGUGAUACAGAGGAAGAAAAACUGGCGAGAGCAGCCCAGGUCUUAAAGAAGUUUGUCCCUCAGAAGGCCAGUGGUUCGAGCUCCUCGCAAAAUCCGGCCAUCGACACCGAACUCAAGUCUCUACCUGAACAUACAACAAGAAUCCCUGUCUUGAAGCGUUUGGAGGGUUGGUCUCCAGAGACUGAAGUGGAGAGCUCGAGUCAACGUCCGUGGAAUCGGGAAAGAGCAACUACAGCCGAAAGCAAAUGGUCUGCAGGAAGCAAAAGAUCUGACAAGAGUAGUUCUGGCGAGACCUUGAAGACAGCAACUUCCACAGAUCCCAGUGAGGCUAUGGAUGAGGACGAACUUUUGUGCAAGGGAAUUGUUUGA